GCCGUAUGUCCGCCAUUGGUCAAUCGUCGCUGCCGCCGCAACCGACGCCGCCGCCAUUAUAGAUUCCGUUGUGUGUGACUGAGUCUCGUUCUCCAGAGUUUUCCAGGGAAAACUCUAUUUCUCCUUGAUAUUAAAGGUGAAAUAUCUACGUAACAAACGUGUAGAAGAUUUCAAAGAACAUCAAAAUGAAAACAUAUAGCAGAAAAAAGGGUGAUAGCACGAGUAACGUAAUCAUUCAUGUGAACGAGCUGUGCCGACUGUGCUUGGCAAAGGAGGAGGAGAUGGUGCCGAUUUACGACGAUGAAACUAUUCCCUUAUCUUUACGAAUAAUGGCUUGUGUUAAUCUGGAGGUUUAUGAAGAAGAUGGUCUUCCAAAUAUGAUUUGUCAUCCAUGCAAAUAUCAAUUAGAAAAAUCCUAUCAAUUUAAGAAAAAAUGUGAAGCUGCUGAUGCAAAACUUCGUAAACAUAUGAAAUUAAUUCAACAAUUAACUGGCCAAAGUGAAGAAGGAGAAAGUCAGGAUAGCAAUAGAGAUGAAUUAAAAGAUUCUUCUAACAGUGGAAAAUCUAAACAAGUUAAACAAUUAUUGGCUGAUUUAGUUUCAAUUAAAGGUAAUAGUGGACAAAAAGAUGGAGAUCCGAUUGAAGUGACAGAAGAAGAACUUGUUGGUGGUUAUAUUUUAGGAAUGAAUUCUGAAAAUAUAGAGAUGGAAGAAACAAUGUCAGAAGAUCCAGAAAAUAUCACAUUAGUACCUGCAGAGGAACGUGCUGCUAAAGCACGUUGCACAAUACGUACAUCACGUAUUAAACAAGAACAAGAAUCAGAAGAUGAAGCAGAAGAAGUACAAAGAGCAAUUGCAAAUGCUGAUCAUAAAAAUGUUUAUAUGAUGGAAGUUACAAGUAAUUCAAGUCAAGGAGAAACAUUAAAAUUACAACCAAUUGGUGAUACCAUGGUUGAAACAAGUGAAGAAUUAAAAGUAUUUCAAUGUGAUAAAUGUCCAAAAGCAUUCACCAGAAGAAUAAUGUUAAAAAGUCAUCAGUCUGUUCAUUCUACACAAAGAGGUUUUACAUGUCAAGCUUGUGAAAAAUGGUUUCCUACUAGAUCAGCUUUGGUGAGACAUGAACGUACUCAUACAGGUGAAAAACCAUUUGGUUGUAAUAUUUGUCAUCGCGCCUUUGCACAGAAAGAAAUUUUACUUCGCCAUCUCAUGACUCAUUCUGGUCAAAAACCAUUCCAAUGUCAACAUUGUGAUAAAAGUUUUACUCAAAGAGAAGCAUUAAAAGUACAUAUGAGAAGGCAUCAAAAAUUAGAUCCAAAUGAUAUUCAAUUGCAUCAUUGUCAACUUUGUCCUAAAGCUUUUUGUCAUGCAUCUGGACUUAGCAGACAUUUGGUUACACAUACUGGUAGAACAUAUAAAUGUGUAGAAUGUGAAAAAUCUUUUACCGACAAAAGUUCACUAUUAAGACACAGUCGUAUUCACGCACCUAAAAAAAUAUUAACAAAUUAAAUUUAUCUUAACAUAUAAAUAUUAUCUCAUUUACAAUAUCAGUCAACAUUAAAUUAAAAUUAUGCAAUAUU